UCCUUCACUGGCAAGAACCAUGAAACUGAACAAUAAAAAUGCUUCAUUCUCCUUCUCCCCAUCUUCACACACCAAACACACACACAAUUCCGCCAUAAUCAGAUCGACCUGCUCUACUGAAGCUAAAUUCUCAUUGCUUGCGGUGUUUCUCUCACAGUUUGCGAGGGUAAUUUGAUUCGACAUCUGGAGGAUUUCAUCUGAAUACGCACGAUGGUUGGCUUCGAGAUGGACGACUGGAAAAAGAUUGGGCUGGGAUUGACCGGAUUCGGUGUCUUUUUCUCGUUUCUGGGCAUUAUCUUCUUCUUUGACAAGGGGUUACUUGCCAUUGGAAAUAUCCUAUUCAUCUCGGGAGUGGUAAUGACCAUCGGUGUCAAAUCCUCUUUGCAAUUCUUCAUGAAACGCAGCAAUUUCAAGGGCACAAUUUCUUUUGGUAUUGGCUUCUUCUUUGUUAUCAUUGGAUGGCCUGUAAUAGGAAUGGCAUUAGAGGCUUAUGGUUUCAUUAUCCUAUUCAGCGGCUUCUGGCCCACGCUAGCGGUUUUUGUGCAGAAGAUACCUGUUAUUGGUUGGGUGUUUCAACAACCUUAUAUUAGAUCCUUCUUUGAUCGAUAUCGUGGCAAAAGGGUGCCCGUAUGAAAUUAAAUCCAGGCUUUGCCGGAAAAACCGAGCCUUGUGAAUACUUUCUUGGUAUCAUUAUCGAAGACGAAGUUUUCUUAAUCCAGAUUUGGGUCUUGGUCACUUUAGCAUUUGUUUUUCUUUCUUUCUUUCACUUUGUUGUUGAAGAGAAAAAAAUUCUUCGUGUAUAAACACCUGACUGGACUCGGAAUUUUUUGUUCGUUGAUUUUUGUGCAUUGCUGGCAAGUUGGGAUCUCGAUCGUUACAGAAACAAUCUCUUUAUCCCUUGGAUAGAAGUAAGGUUUGUGUAUAUUUU